AUCAGAGCAACCGGUCCACCGACCACUGCCGGUCCAUUUCAAUGACCCUCCUCCAAUCACGAUGCGCCAUGUCAGUACUACCUUCUGUAAAGCAGAGGCAGAAAAAUGCUAUCAGAAGAAUGUCACUCAAUUAAGCUCACCCUAACUCACCUUCCCUUUCUCUCUCUCUCUCUCUCUCUCUCUCUAUCUCAUGUCUUGUCGCCCUCCACUUUCAACUCGCCGCGUUGUGACUCACCUCAACUCGCUCCUUCUCAUUUAAGCUCGCCAGAUCACUGUUUUGUGCUAUGUUUAUUCUAGUUUAAGCUGAGUGAAACAGAGAGAUGUAUGUGGUGCCGCCACCUCAGCGAUCGGAUCCGAGAUCCGCGGGCGGGUUGGGUGAUUUACGAGUCUAUCAAAAUUGGAAAGGAAGCAAUAUAUUUUUCCUUAAGGGGAGAUUUAUAUUUGGACCAGAUGUAAGAUCGCUGGGGUUGACUAUAUUCCUCAUUGUUGCUCCUGUUGCAGUUUUUUGUGCCUUUGUUGCUCGAAAGUUGAUCUGUAAUUAUUCUCCUUAUUGGGGAAUAUCAAUAAUGGUCAUUGCAGUGGUAUUCACUGUUUAUGAUUUACUUCUUCUUCUGUUGACAUCAGGAAGAGAUCCUGGCAUAAUUCCACGCAAUGCACACCCUCCAGAGGCAGAAGGCUUUGAUGGGAUUGUUGAUGUGGGGGUUGGCCUCACUCCACAGUUACGUUUGCCUCGUGUGAAGGAAGUAGAGGUCAAUGGGGUCACAAUGAAGAUCAAAUAUUGUGAUACUUGCAUGCUUUAUAGACCUCCUCGCUGCUCGCACUGCUCAAUUUGCAAUAACUGUGUGGAACGUUUUGAUCACCACUGCCCUUGGGUUGGGCAAUGUAUUGGCUUGAGGAGUUAUCGAUUUUUCUUCAUGUUUGUCUUCUCAACUACCCUUCUUUGUAUAUAUGUAUUUGCAUUUUGCUGGGUCUACAUCAGGAGGAUAAUGGAUUCAGAGGAGACAACAAUUUGGAGAGCUAUGAUCAAAACCCCUGCAUCAAUUGUUCUAAUAGUUUACACGUUCAUAUCUAUGUGGUUUGUUGGUGGCCUUACUGCCUUUCAUUUAUAUCUCAUUAGUACAAAUCAGACUACUUAUGAGAAUUUUAGAUACCGAUAUGAUCGGAGAACCAACCCUUAUAACAAAGGUGUGGUGGGAAACUUCAAGGAAAUAUUUUUUUCAAGCAUACCCUUAUCAAAGAACAAUUUCAGGGCAAAGGUGCCAAGGGAAACUGGGUUACCAGUCCGACCAGGGGAUGGGGGUUUUAUGAGUCCAAAUAUGGGCAAAGGUGUGGAUGAAAUUGAAAUGGGUCGGAAAACAGUGUGGGGAGAUAUUGGCCCUGGCGCUGAUCUCUCUGAAGGGCAACUAAGUAAUGAUCGUGUAAAUGUUAAAGAUGGUGAACUGGCUGAAUUGUCCCCAGACAUAAGGACCACAGUGGAAGAAGGGGAUUGUGCUGGAAUACAUCCUAGGCGAUCUAGCUUGGGAAGAAAGAGUGGAAGCUGGAACAUGUCACCUGAAGUUCUUGCUUUGGCUGCUAGAGUGGGGGAAUCAAACCGUGCAGGUGGGAGUACUAGUAAUGGCAGCAACUUGACAACUGAGAAUAGACCGACAGCCAGAACCAUGACAGAUGAUUGAUCAUAGGAAUGGAAGUAAUCCGGCUUGGUGGUUAAGAAUUGCAAUCUUGGAGGUAUCUCGUUCAUGUUUAUUUUAACUUCCACAAAUAUCAUUUGCGGAAUGCAUUAUGGAAGAGCUUUGUUUUGCCGGGGUGGUUGACAUUGUUGGUUUGGCCAUUGUGGUUUUUGAGAAAAAAAAUGGUGUCUUGUACGAGUGAGCUUUCUUUAUCCUGAUUUGUAAUCGGGAAUUAGUAUCUAAUUGUAUUGAAUAUGUGAAUUUAGUAAGUGUUAUUAGAUUUUGAUA